AUGGCUUCUAUCUGGACUACAAACGUCCUCAAAGUCCCGAAACGGAGUCUGCUAUUCACAGGAAGUUCAAAUCAUGUGCUGGUGAGGUGGGUGUCGUCGUCGCCGAAGAGUCAGGUCAUUAGGAGUGCGACGGGUGCGAGAAAGAGUGGGUCGGAGAUCAACAACACAUUUCGAUCCAAGAGUCGAGGAUAUGCAUUUGACUGGAAUGGAGUGAGGAGAACGAGUAGUACUUGGCACGCUGGACGAGGACAACCGCAGAAGAGUGAUGCAAAGGGUGUGUUGGGACUGUUGUUGGGAGUCUCGGCCGUUGCGGCUUUGGCUGCACCAGUCGUGAGUUGGGUGCAUGAUCAGACGGAUCAGCUUGUUAUCGACAUCGAUGAUGAUGAUGAUGCGAUCAAAGUCGUUGGAGACAGCUCAAGUCUCCGCCUUUCCGAAGUCGUUACCCACGAUCGGUCAGCAGAGAGGAAAUGGGUCAUCCGCGGAACUUCAGUCUACGACAUCACCGAAUUCAUUGCAUGCCAUCCCGGCGGCGAAGUCAUUCUCAGAGCAUGCGGUGGCAGCAUCGACCCAUACUGGAAACUCUUCACCAUUCACGACAAACCCGAAGUUCGUCAACUCCUCGACUCUUAUCACAUCGGCGAGAUUGACGAGCGAGAUUUGGAUGAUGGUGGAAAGAUCAACUGGUCGGUUCUCGACGGUCCAUCAAUAUGUAUCGAAGAUCCCUUCAAAGACGACCCGGAACGGGAUGCCAGCUUGAUCGUCCAGACAGCAAAGCCCUGCAAUGCUGAGACCCCGGGAAAUCUCCUGGGUGACUUUCUCACUCCCAUCCGACUAUUCUUCGUUCGCAAUCAUCUCUGGGUACCCACCAUCGAGGCACAGGACCACAAGCUGAACAUUGAACUGUCCGACGGCGAGGAAAUGUCAUAUUCCAUUGAAGACCUGAAGAAGAAGUUUCAACAACAUACCAUCACUGUAACUCUCCAAUGCGCCGGAAAUCGUCGAAGCCRUAUGAGUAAGACCUCCGCCAACGGCAAAACCGCAGGCCUUCAAUGGGACGUCGGCGCCAUUGGCACCGCAGAGUUCACGGGCGUUUUACUUCGCGACAUCCUCAUCGACUCCGGCUACGACGUCAACCGAGCAUGCACACCUUGUCCGAACGAUGAAGACGCCGACAAGCACAUUCAUUUCUGCGCGCCUAGCGACACCUACGAGCAAUCGAUCCCAAUCCAAACCGCCCUGAACCCUACAUCGGACGUGCUUUUGGCCUGGAAAAUGAACGGCGAACCAAUGAMUCGGGACCACGGAGGUCCGUUGCGCGCCAUUGUACCGGGAAGUGUGGCAACUCGUUCAGUCAAGUGGAUUGGCAAAGUCCGGAUCAGCAAUGAAGAAAGUCAGAGCAAUUGGCACAAUCGAGACUACAAAUGUUUUGGCCCGAAUGUCCGAGCCGCGGAUCUGAAGCCCGAGGAUUGGGAGCAAGCACAAUCGAUCCAAGAAAUGCCUGUACAAUCCGCCAUCACCAAGAUUGCUCGGAGCGGCAACCUUUCAACACCAACAUCCGUUUCCGGAUUCGCUUACUCAGGCGGCGGGCGGAAAAUCGUCCGAGUAGACGUCUCUGCAGACGGAGGCAAGACUUGGAAGCAAGCUUGUCUGAAGAAAGAUGACGCGAAAGGAACGAGGAGAUGGGCGUGGACUUUGUGGAGUAUUGAUUGGGAGAAGGAACAGCUUCCCAAGAAUCAGGAGGAGGUCGAGUUUGUGGUCAAGGCAGUGGAUUGCUCUUACAACUGCCAGCCGCAGACGUUUGAUGCGACUUGGAAUUUCCGGGGCUUGUUGGGCAAUGCGUGGCAUCGGGUGCCAUUGUCUGCAGUUGCGUGA